AUGUCGAAGGUGUCGCAGCCGGAGUUGAAACGCUUUCUCGAGAAAAGAAUCAUUGUGAACAUCCAGGGUGGUCGGAAGAUUCAAGGAACUUUGCGUGGAUAUGAUCUUUUUUUAAAUCUCGUUGUCGACGACGCCGUGGAACAAGUCCAAGCUGAAAACAACCAAAACCUCUGGAAGGAUGGCGCCCACUGUGGUACUGUGGUCGUUCGAGGAAACAGCGUGAACAGUCUGGAAGGUCUUGAAACCAUUAAUACGAGGUGA